CCGACGCCGACCCUCAAGGCCUCAAGAGCCUGCCUUUGUUCAUGGACCCUGACCAGGCCGCAAAGCUCUCCAAAGAACGCGAGAAAUACAGGGAAGGUCUGGCCCGCGCCCUCACCGAGGAUGCCGAUCCGCUUGCGGCAUACAUCGAAUUCGUGAAGUGGACUGUCGACGCGUACAAAGGCCACCUCGCGCUCUCCGGCCUCCUUGAACUUCUAGAUGAGGCGACACGUUACUUCGUCGACGAUGCCGCAUACAAGGCCGACCUCCGGUAUCUGAAGCUUUGGCUGCUCUACGCCAAACAUGUCGAAGAUCCGACCGUGAUCUACGCAUUCGUACUGUCCCGGGACAUCGGCAGGAUCUAUGCGCAAACGUAUCAAGAGUAUGCAUUGGCACUCCAUACCCGAGGAAAGUGGGACGACGCAGAGAAGAUAUUCCAGCAAGGCAUCAAGCGGCGCGCGAGACCACUGGACCCUCUCAAGCGAUGCUACGAGGAAUUCAAAGCACGCACACUGGCCCCUCCCCGGAAACCAUCCACCGAGACCAUCUGGGUGCAAGCCCCCGCUGAGACUCAGGCUCUUCGCCGGAAUCCGCUGAAGAACCAUCCAGCAGCGUCCUCUUCCGCCCCGGGGCCGUCCAAGAAAGCCUCCUCAAACCGCCUGCCCCCGGUCCGUCCACCCCCUGCGCAGCCUCAGCAGCAGUUUUCUCCAGACAACCCCUACGGUGCUAUGCUUGCACCACCCGCGCCGGGAAAGCGGCCAGAGAAGCUGCGGUUCAAUCUCUCAUUGCUGUUCACCGAAGAGGGCACAGAGUACAGCACGCAGGAGGCGCGCGCCCGCUCCAUGGGUCUCCUGGGGAAGAAAUGGGGCCCGCCCCCAGAGGCUACACGGCCUCGCGUCGCAUUCUCUGGCGCAGACGACGGCAAGGCGGGCACAACGAAGACGAUGUCGCGACAGUUUGCGGCAGGUGCAGAACCGACAGUCACGCUUGCAACGAAGGAGGCGCUCGCAGACGUCUUCGGAAUGUUCAACUCGCCUGAGAAAUCGUUGCGCUUCGGUGUCGUGGGCACUAAGCAUGCGCCGGUCAGGAGAAUCGAGCCUGUCACCCCGAUGCCUAUGCUACCACUCGCCCGGGCUCUCAGCAAUGAGAAUGCGAAUGCGGAUGUGGCAUCGAAGACCCCCACUUUCAGACCAUUUGUUGACGAGAAUGCGCGAAGGGAAAAUCAGACUCCUGGACCUACACCAAGGAUUCAACCUUUCGUCGACCCAGAGAACGCGGCCAAGCCAACAUUUACACUAAAUCCGAAUCGGCCUGCACUCUCCCUCAAGGAAGCUGCCGCAUCAUCAUCCGCCACCCAAGACGAAAACGCUCGCAGUCUCAAGAAGCUUGUCAUCCAUACUGAUAGUGACGAGUCAAAGCCACCCCCGGUCUUCUCCUUAACCCCCGCUUCCGCAACGUUCCAGCGUCCGCAAGGUCGUUGGGACAUCUUCACAGACGACGCAACAAAGGCCGGGAACGAGAAUAUAUUGCGUCCCGCUAGUGCGGGUGCGUCGAAGUUCAUGCCGUUCAGCGAUGAGAACGCACCAAGGGUUUUCAGCCGCCCGGUGCCCAAGUCCGAGAACGCACCCGCACCCGCGCCCGCACCUACGUUCACACCGUUCGUCGACAAGACGGCGCCGCCGAGACAACCACUGUCGUCGUCUGCGUCCGGUCGCGCCGUGCUGGGCGAGCGCACGCCUCUUUCUGUCUUCGCGCCACCGCUACCGCCGCCUGUUGAGGCAGCGCCCGGAGAUGAGACCGUCCUGGAAGACGAGGGAGAGUAUAAUCAGAAGACAAUCCGACCAGAGACGCCCACGACCGAGUCCGAGAGCGACGCCAGCGCGCGCGAGCGGUUCCUGCUCGAGCACCAGCACUCGCGCGACCCACUGACGAGCGAGAGCUCCGAGGACGCGGACGACGACCGCUUCGAGGGCGAGAGCUACGCGUACGAUGCGGACGCGCCCGUUCCGAUCGAGGGCGAGGGCGAAGGCGGCUACGAGAGCAUGUUUGACGACUACGAUGGGGAGGGGGCCGACGGGUACCGCCCGCCGCUGGGCGGUCGCUUCGGCCAGUUCGACGUGAUGACCCCGAUCACGGAGCGCACGGCGGAGUACACGAUGAGCACCCGGGGCGGGACCCCACAUGGGCUUAUGGUGCAUCGCGACGCGGUCGAGGCGGCGGUGCAGCUGGCUGCGGAACUUCAGGACGAUGUAGAUGAUGAUGAAGAGGACGACGGUGGGAUCGAAGAGCGCACGGGCACGCUGAGCCUCGUCGACGCGCUGGGCGUCGCGUCGUCGUUCAAGCCGCCGAACCCGUGCAACCCGUUCGACCCGCCGAUCGUGUCGACCCUGCUGCGUCUCAUCCCGCUCGACUCUGGGUUCCACGACCUGCGCCUGGUGGAGUCGCAGCAGCUCGACACGCUUCAGAAGUUCGCGAAGAAGAAGACCCGGCGCGCGAGCGGGAACUCCACGUCAAGUCGCGCGGUGCAGGACGCGGAUACGGUCGAGGUGCAGCUCGAGAGCCGGCACUUCGCCGUCGUUGACAAGCUCGGCGAGGGCGGGUUCGGGGCUGUCUUCGAAGCGAUCGAUUUGGACAUGCAGCGGAAGGCAAACGAGUCUGACGAGUCCGACGACGACGAAGAUGACGAGGAGAACGAGCACAAGAACCGUGUCGCGCUCAAGGUCGUCAAGCCCCGCAACCUCUGGGAGUUCCACGUCCUCCGGCGGAUCCACACCACGCUCCCCGCGCCCCUCCGCCGCUCCAUCAUCGCGCCCGAGGCGCUGUACGCGUACAAAGACGAGUCCUUCCUCGUGCUCGAGCUCUGCAAGCAGGGCACGCUCCUCGACAUCGUGAACCGCGCGCCCGCGGCGGGCAUCAGCCAGCAGGGCGCGUGCCUCGACGAGCUGCUCGUCAUGUUCUUCGCGAUCGAGCUCCUCCGGCUGCUCGAGGGUCUCCACCGCGCGGGCUUCAUCCACGGCGACGUCAAGAUCGACAACUGCCUGCUGCGCCUCGAGGACGUGCCCGGGCCCGCGAGCGCGUGGGACGGCGCGUACCAGCCGUCUGGGGCGCGCGGCUGGGCGCACAAGGGGAUCAAGCUCAUCGACUUCGGGCGCACGGUCGACACCCGCCUCUUCCCCGCUGGGCAGCGCUACGUCGCGGAGUGGCCGACCGACGCGCGCGACUGCUUCGAGGCGCGUGAGGGCCGCCCGUGGACGUUCCAGACGGACUACUUCGGCCUCGCCGGGAUCGUCUACUGCCUCCUGUACGGCAAGUACAUCGAGGCUGCGUCCGUCGUGCCCGCGCCCGCGGAGGACGGCGACGGCCCGGUGCGUUAUAAGCUCGCAACUCCAUUCAAGCGGUACUGGCAGGGCGAGCUGUGGACGCGGCUGUUUGACCUGCUGUUGAACCCGACGCUCGUUCGCGAGGACGGGAAGCUGCCGGUCAGCGACGAGCUCGGCGCGCUGCGUGGGGAGAUGGAGGUGUGGCUGCAGGCUAACUGCAACCGGGCGAGCAUCAGCCUCAAGGGUCUUCUUAAGAAGGUCCGCCUCGCCAUUCUCGGCGGGAAAGACGUGCGGUAACGGCCGUGCUUGUGCUUCUCGCCCUUCUCCGACUCUCAAGGUACACUACCUGUACAAUACCCAAUAUGUACGCUCUCCACGACUGCACGACACCAUAGAGCCCCCUUAUCCCAUUCGCCGGCGAA